CAGACUUGUUAAUUUUUAAUAAUUUAAUGUUUCAAAAUAUUAUAAAAACCAAUAAAAAUUUACAAAAUUUUAAUUUGUGCAAACAUUAAAAGAAGUAAUGAGAGUAAAAUCAAUGCAAAGUGAAAUGUUAUUUAUAUAAUGAAUUCUAAAUCGCGGAUAAUUAUGCCAAAUGAAAUACCUAAAAAUUUGAAGCACCUGCAUGGAUUAAAAAAUAUUUUAUUAAGCACAACAAAACCCACUAAAUAUAUAGUGACAUUGAAACCUAAAAGGGCGAGUUUAAAAACUCAAAAUUUAGAAACACAAAAAGUCUUUAUUAAUGCCGAUCAUCAUCGUAAGAGAAAGUCUCUAUUGGACUCAAACUUUGUUCUAAGGGCACCGGCAUUGGAAAAAAUAGACGAACAAUCUGAGAAAAGCACAUCAUCUAUAGAAACUGAAAAUUGCGAAUUAAAGUCAAAACAAUCUAUUACGAACAUUUAUCGUUUAAAAGGAGGUUGGAGUUUGGUUAAUCGAAAAAGUAGCAAGAAAACCACAAAUGAAUAUAAUUCUGCUAAUGAUAAUGGGCGGCAAACAGAUGACGUUGAAAAUAAUAUUAUAGUUAAUGAAGACACAGAGGUAAAUAGGGAAGGAGUCUCAGAUCAGAUAGAAUCUUCUAAUACAACUACAAAAAUUGAUAAUGAAAAUAUCAAAGAGUCAGAAAAGGAGAAGGAAAUUUCAAGAGAAUUACAACCAGCUACAAAUAAGAUUGAUUUGAAUAAGAAUCUUGAAAUAAAUCAGCCAACUGCUAUCGAAGGAAAAACGAUUUUGGAUACAAAUUAUUCAACGAAUCAUAAGUUGGAAUCUGAACUAAAGAGUACAUCUGCGAAAACAUUGAUAACAUCAUCCUUUAUUACAACUGUGCUUGACGAAAUGGUACCAAUUUCCGAAAAACCUAUCUUGUCAUCAUCUUCUACAAAAUGUGAAUUGAAAGAUCUGAUUGCAAUUUGUGGAAAAACUAAUAAAACAAAUAGUCAGUGUGAUUUGCUUGAUAUAAAUUCAAACGUUGCUGAAUUAGCAUCCGAUUUAUUUUGCAUAUUAGCUGACGAUAAAGAAACUUGUAAAAGGAUUGAGGAACUAGAAAUACAAGUAGAGCACUUGCAUCAUGAUCUUAAAGAUCUUCAGAAAGAGCUAAUGCCACUUGAUGAUCUGGCUAAAUUUAGUGUUCUUUCUAGACAGUUUAAUGAAGUUAACGCUCUCUUAACAGAUUUAAAAUUAAAUUGUUUAAAAUUGCAAAAUAUUGAAAGAAAGAGAAGUAAGGAAAGUAUACUUGAGGAGAUGGCACAUUGUUCUCAGCGAAAUAAUCAACCAGCAAUGGACAUUCCAUUCUACGAUUGCAAUGAUGAAUAUUUUUAUCCACCUGAAUAUUUGGAAAAUUGCAAUUGUGUUAUAUGUCACAGAUCGCAUUUUUUACCCUCUGAAACCGAAAGAAUUGAGCAUGACCCUGAAUAUCAUAUCGAAAAGCGACCCAAAAUACACGAACGACCCAAUUCUGAGAGUAUUGGAGGUUUUGAAUAUACUCCAACAAAUUUUGCCUGUUGCCAACCCUGUCAGUUAUAUAGAAAUUUCUAUACCGAUCAAAUAUAUUCCUCGACAACUCCCGAAAAUUUUGAACGACCAACACAGCACUAUAAUACCAAGGGAUUUUCAAGAUUUGAAGGUGAUAAAUAUGAUGCUGAUUGGAGUACCUCUCCAGAUAAUUCCAUACAAAGUACAAGUCCAAAGCCUUAUAAACGAUUAAUUGAAGAAUCAAUACAAUUUAAUUCGAUUCCAUCAUUAAAACAAGACAAACAAAACAAUAAUAAGAAAGUAUCACAACGCGGAGGAAAUCAUUCUAUAAGAAAAUCAUACAGCACUAAAAUUAGACACUCAGCUGGUACGGAAGUAUUAUCAAAUCCAUUAUCUUAUGCUGAAGAAAGAUUUCAAAUCGAUAAUCUUUCAGUUUCAACUACAGAAUGUCCUACAAUAACAAGCAACUUGUGCAAAGCAAUCUGGAGAAUUGUUGGCAAUAUAAAGAGUGAAAAUAUUGCUUUAGCAGUAUUUUUAGAAUCAAAUAAUUUAUACUACAUUAAUGUCUCUAUUACACUGACGGGACAGUGUUUAGGCUGCCUUUACACUAAUGAAGCGGCAUUUCAAGCGGCUAAGAAGAAAAAAUUAUUUGAUAAUUUUUUAACAUUUUUCGUUUUGAAUUCUGUGAAUACUGUGGAGCAAAGAGAUACAAUUUUGGGUCAUUCGUUUGAAUUUAUUAAUGCAAUUUUUACAGGUAAAAGACACUAUAACUCAAUGCAACAUGUUAAAGAAGUUGAAACUAUCAAACAAAAAACUGCUACCAAUUUAAAUACCACUCAACUUACAACGAAUUACAAAAUGCUGGAACCCAAAGAAACCUAUGCCCGUAUACAGAGUGUAAGAGUGAAAAAUUUAGAGCAACAAGUUUAUAUGCUGCAUAGAGAACUGCAAAGAAUUCGGGAGAGAAUGUUGCCAAAGGAAGAUCUAAUAAGGUUAAAUAAUAUUUUGGAUAGACUAAAGGAACUUAAUUUGGUUUUAACAGAUCUUAAAAAUCACUAUAAUAACAUGCAGCAAACUACUUUGAAUAAAAAAGAAGAAAGUAUGACGUAUAGAGUUAGUCCUUCGGUCCUUAACCAUACACAACAUAUUCAGCAAAGUGAAAAUCUAUUAGGUACGAGUCAAAUGGAAACUGCCAGUGGUACUAAAUAUAUAAAAUAUUACCCAAGGGAAAAUGCUGGAUACGAUCAAAGACAUUCUUCGAAAACAACUAUCGAACAAGAAAAUAAUUCUAAGCAAAACCAAAUAAAUGAAGAAGAUUCCAUACAUGAAGAAAACAAUGAAUUGAAUGAACCCUUUAAAACUUGCAAACAACUUAUGGAUGAAAUAAAACCACCAGGCAGCAUUUUGGGAAACUAUUUAAUGAAAUUGCAAGAUUUUCGAACUGAUCCGGAAUUGAGACGUAAAAGAUGGGAGAAAAAACAACAAGAAAGAAUGCAACAACUAGAGAAACAAAAAAAAUUGAGAGAAUCUUUUGAGAAUAAAGGAACAUCAACAGAGGGUAUUGAACAGAACAACACUAAUUAUUCUAGCUCUACCAUGCAAGACUCAUCUGAACAGCAAAAGGAUGUUAUAAAAAGUAGAAUAGAUAUCUCCUACAACCGACCAAUUAGUGAAACUGAUUCAGGUUUAGCUUCUGAUUUGCCAUUAAUAAGAAAUAAUCUUUCGGAUGUAGUAUACGAGAUCAUAAACGAUAUUGAACGGAAUUCCAUAGCUUUAACUAUUGUUCUAGAAAACGAUAAUGUUUCUUUAAUUACCAGUGGCCAUACGUUGUCCUGCUUUUUUGCCACUGAAGAAGCCAUACAAGAGGCUAAAGAACAACAUUUAUUUAGAGAGAUAUUGACAUUUUUUGUAGUAAAUGCUGAAAACUCCGACUCGCAAAAGGAUCGUGUUUUAGGACAUUCAUUUGAGUUUAUUAAAUUUGAUGUUAAUUAAUAACUGUUUGUUAUUUCGUUUGUAAAAUACAUAUUUUUUUAGAAAUUUA